CACAGCUGAUCAGAAGCUGCUUCACAUCAUUUCUGGGUCCAUCAGUUUCUGGAGAUUCUCACAUUAUAGCCAAUCGAGGAGUUAAUGGACUCUUAGGACAGUUCAUGUCUGAUGAAGGUGCUAGGCUACCGGUUCCUCCUGGUUUUCUAUACCUUCGGACAUUUCGGAACUUUCAUGAUACCCAUUUUGUUAAUGAGGUGAUUUUCAAGCUGGUUAUUGAGUGGGCACACAAACUAGCAAACGAAUGGGCCUCUGGCGGGCCUGCUUGUCUGAAAUCAGGUCGCACAUCACUGGCUGCUGCUGCCUCAGGAGUACAAGAAGUGGCAACUCUAGGGGCUAGCCUGUUGUGCAUUGCAGGUGGGGUGCAGAUGGUUCAGAUAUUGUACGAAGAGACAUUGCCAACCCUGCUUCUAUCAACUAGUGAGGAAAAAUUAGGUGGUGCCGGACCAGUAUCUAACAUUCUACAAGGGUAUGCUAUGGCCUAUAUGCUAAUCUUAUGUGGAUCCUUUGUUUGGGGAAAUGGGAACACGUCCCCAGCAUACACAUCAGUGUUCUCUUCAAGGCGAACCAGGGUGAUCGGUAUCCACAUGGAUUUUAUUGCUGGAGCAGUGGGAGGCAACAUAAUUCUUGGCUGUGAUCCAGCUACAUGGAAAGCAUACGUAUCUUGCUUUGUCGGCUUGCUGGUGAAGUUUGCACCGGCAUGGGUGGGAGGAGUGAAGCAGGAGACCCUGCAGAAGUUAGCCAGUGGCUUGAGGGGGUGGCAUGAGUGUGACUUGGCUAUAUCAUUGCUAGAGAGAGGUGGCCCUUCAUCCAUGGCGGCGGUGGUGGAAUGGAUGACGUAAAGUUCGAGUAGUUUUUGUAUAUUUUGUUAACAGAUUGCCGGUGGUUGAAAACAUCAUGUUUGGAUAUCGUCUGCCAUUCACUAGUAAGGCAUUUGGAAUUGGGUUCCUGUAGCUGGCAAAAGCGGCCACGGUGCCAGUGAUCUGUGACAAUGUUUUAACUUUUCUGAUGGUGGUGUUGGGCUCGCAAGGAUAUGAAGGUCUCAUAUUCUUAAAGGUGUACAUGGUUAUAGAAAUUCUGGAUAUAUACAUGAAUACAACAAUAAUCAAGUUUUAUUUCACUAA